GUUACAGCCACUACCUCAAAUAAAGUCGAUGAAGAUUCCCAAUCAGAGAAGGCCUCUCAGUCAUCAUUCAUAUCCAGAAUUAACACAACACGAAGGAGGAUGAUAUCCUCGACGACUGAGUACUGGGAAUCAACAAAGGAACGCCUAAGGAAGAACCCCAUUCUCAUCUGGAUUCCGUUGCUGCUGCUCCUCCUUUUAUUGGCUCUUGUGGCUUACUGGUGGCUGUUGCAGUCCCGUGCCAAGACAGGUGAUGCUACUGAUCCCAAAGAAACUGAUGGAACCUCAUUCCUGACACUUCUUGUGACUUCUGUCUCUGAUAUGACCCGUUCAUCAUUAUCUGGCAUCUCUUGGGGUCUUGGCCUUGCUUGGCUGUCCCUCGUAGACAUGUGUGAAUGGAUUGGAUCUGCAUUUGUUGCUGGUGUAUCUGCUGCUUGGGUAUCAGUUUCAGGCAUGUUCACAUGGCUUGGGUCUGUGACGUAUGCCUGCCUUGCUUAUGCAUUAGACUGGCUGUAUAUUGUGUUAGGGUUCCUGCAGUAUAUAGGCCUAGCCAUCCUAAGUUUCUUUACUUCUGGUGUCUCUUAUCUCUCUGCCCUCUUCCUUCCUGUGAAUGAUACCAAUAACAAUGUGGAUGAAGCCCAAACCAUCACUGAAGAUGUCCAAUCAUGGAGCGUAGUUGGCUGGGUCUCGAGCAUCGUCUCCAAGGAAAGUUUCUCUCAGUUGUAUGCAAGUGCUUCUGAAAUAACCCAAACCUCUGGAAAUUGGUUGUGGAAUAGCUGGCUGUGGCUUAUUGUGACCCUCGGAGAAGCCCUUACCUCCGCUGCUUCUUAUGCCCAGUGGCUCCUCUUCAGCUUCUUUUCUCUUGUUGUCUACCUGUUAACGGGACUGUGGAAUCUUCUGGUAUACUUAUUCCUUGGUCUGAUUGGCCUCUUUACAUCUGCCGCAUCGUCAGUCUCAUAUGCUGCUGUUACGACAUCUUCAGCUGUGACCAACGGUGCCAAGCUGAUUGUUCUACCUUUUUAUGGAUCUUCUGAAUCAACAAAGGAAACCACCAGUAAAACCAUUGUCACAACUCCAAAAGUGGAACAGAAUGUCAAUUUGAACAAUCCCUCGGUUGUGGAAAUUGUAGACCGAGUAUUGGGAAGCGAGGAGUUGAAAACCCUCAUUGCAGCUGUGGCAUCAGAGAGUUCCACUAAGGGGCAGUUGACUAUGGAUGAUGUAUCAAAUCUUGUGAAGUCUGUUGUUGAAGGAGAACUUAACACAUUCAAAGAGGAGACGUCUGCCUUGCGAGAUGAGGUGGGCUCAAAGAUUUCAAUAACAGAGGACACCAACAACUACAUCUUGUCUAUGCAGGCGCAUCAAGAACACCUUAUCAAGCAAUUGGAUGAGUUGGGCACAAGACUAAUCAAGAUGGAAGGAUCUAAUGAGGAAAAUCAGAAACUAUCAGCAGAACAGCGUCAAGAGUAUGAAGACCAGUUGACAGGUCUCAAGAAAGAGAUAGACCUGCUUGGCACCCAUCUCAACAAAUUACAAACAGACCACACCAACCUUGCCACUGAAGUUAAGAGCUGUUGCAAAAAUAGCAGUCUGACAUUAGCUGAUGUAGAGAGACAUGUCACCACUCUACUUGGGGACAUCCUAGGCCUUCCAGCAUCCUCUCAAGAUGAAGGAGCAGAAGAUGGAGUGAAUACCUGGAGUGCUGGAGAGAUGGGUGCAUGGCUCAAGAGCUAUUUUGUCGCCAAGGAUGAGCUGGAAACCAGACUCAAUUUGCUAACAGCAUCAAUGCAGAUGAAACCAGUGGAAGGCGAGACUGAUACAGACAAAGCUUCAGCAGUUUUGAUACAGCAGACGAUAGCACAGACCACACAGAUGGUAAUGGACACGGUUUUAGAAAAAUUACGAGCAGAGAUCCAUAAGCAGCAUUCUGAAUUCUCAGAACAGUCACAGCAGCAGGUAGCUGACCAAGUCAAUCUCCAGAUGCAGGCAGCAGCUGAGGUCCUGGGAACACAGAUUACAGAUCAAUUACAACAUCGUUUUGAGACCACAAAGGUACAGAUAACAGACCAAGUGAACAUUGCUGUAGAUUCAGCAGUCAAGGAUGCCGUACCCAAGUCUGUUGCCUCAGUUGUACCUGAUGUUGUAGCAAAAGCAGCACCUGAUAUGGUUGCAGCAGUUGUUCCUGACAUUGUUGCAAAAGCUGUUCCAGGUGCAGUUGACUCUGCAGUAAAGAUUGCAGUUGCAGAGGCUGUACCAGAAGCUGUAGAAAUGAAAGUGUCUAGUGCUGUAUCAUCUGCUGUACGAGAUGCAGUUGCUGAAUCUGUUCCUGAAGCUGUGGCUAAAGCUGUACCAGGAGCUGUAUCAGAAGCUCUACCAGAUGCUGUCAAUGAGGCAGUCAACGCAGCUGUUCCUGAGGCAGUAUCAGCAGCAGUCCCAGAAGCUGUUGCCUCUGCUGCACCAGAAGUGGUAGCCUCGCUCCUGCCAUCAGCUGUACAGGCUGCAGUAAAUGAGACAGUGUCAUCAGCAAUUCCUGCUGCAGUGGAAAUGAUUGUAAAUAAGGCAGGUGAUCAAGACUUAAAGCAGAGUGGAGGUGACAACAUUGCCAUUAUGGGAGUCUCCUCUGCAACAGACAGUAGUGAAGAAGGGAAAGUAUCUGCUACAGUCAACAUUUCUCAGAAUCUUAACAAUGGAUCAAACUUUUCAUUCGUACCAUCUGGCAGUGCGUUCUCAGCAGGGUUAAAUGAAUCUGCUGUAAUACAGAUUGUUAAAGAUGCACUCAUGAAAUAUGAUGCAGACAAGACUGGAAUGGUGGAUCAUGCCCUAGAAACUGCUGGAGGAAAUAUUAUAUCAACACGCUGCACAGAGAGUUACCAGGUACACCAGGCUGAAGUGAGCAUUCUUGGAUUCCCUGUAUACCGCUAUUCAACAAACACCCCUCGCACCAUCAUCCAGCCGGGCCGCAUGCCUGGUCAGUGCUGGGCAUUCAAGGGAUCUCAGGGCUACAUUGUAAUUCAGCUGGCUGGAUCUGUCCGACCAACUGGAUUUAGCUUGGAACACAUACCCAAAUCUCUGUCACCCACGGGGGAAAUUGAUUCUGCCCCACGCGAGUUCGAGGUAUGGGGCCUGCAGCAAGAGAGUGAUGAAGGAGUUUAUCUUGGAAGCUAUGAGUAUAACCAGAAUGGAGAUCCACUUCAAUACUUCCCAGUUACUGAAGAGAAUGCCCAAUAUUUCCCAAUGAUUGAGGUCAAGAUUAAUAGUAAUCACGGGAAUUUGCAGUACACCUGCAUUUACAGAUUUAGGGUUCAUGGUUUGCGGUAUGUUUAAAUGAUGUACCGUUGAUCUCAAGUGCUAUUAACUUAGAUGUGACUGUGGCCUUAGAUUCAACAACUCCAUUUGCAUAUCUGGAUGAGUCAUACUAUCCUAUUUUGUCAAAUACUGCCAAUCUCCUGUCCACUGAUUUUUAUUUUAAAUUUUUUGUAUAGAUUGCUUGACUGAAAUUCAGAAUCCCAAAGCCAUAUGUGCUUUUAAGAAGUUGGAUGUAUUGUAAAGACAUCAGUACCUGUUGUUGCCAGGGUAGUGAAUCCCUUGGUGAAUAUGAAAGUGUGAUAGUGUUUUCUUUUAAUUUCUUUAUUGUACAGUAAGACUGGACUGCAAGCUUUAUAUUCUUGUACAUUGUACAGCACAUUUCCUCUGGAAUGAAAAAUUGAUCUCUUGUAUGUAUAUUUCAUUCUAUCAUUGAAGAAAUACAAAAUUGAUGUGCAAGUUGCUAAGUUUAUUUUAAGCUACAUGAUGGUAAUACUUUCUCAGCUAACUCUUGAUUUACAUCAUUGACUAAUUAAAAACUCCCCUUCCCUAGAUAUUGCAAUUGUUAUAAAUUUGGUCACCUUUCAGAAUUAUUUUCUUUGUAUUCAUACUGCAGUAUAUUUAAGAAUUUGAGUCAUUAGUUUUUGUUUUAACUGUACUGUAUAGAAAAAUAUUCCCUUAUUUUAAGAUUCCAAUACAUCAACAAAGAAAGGUCAUAUUGGUUCACUUACAAAAUAAUCAAGAACUUCACAUUUUUGUAAGUCUGAGUGUUGUAUUGUUUUGGGAUAUUUUUGAAUGUCUGUAGAAAAUAACUUCAUGUUUGUUGACUGUUUGUAUAUAAGUAUGAGAGAAAGAGAGAGAGUGAGAGAGUGAGCGAGCAAGUGGGUGAGUGAAUUUCCAGUUCAGGUCUGCAUUUGCACAACUUUGUGCUGCAAAAUGCAUAUGAAGCAAAUGUAUUUUUUUUUAAUCUGGUUAAAGGAAAACAAAGCAUUGGUGCUGAACAUAGCCUUCCCAGCCCAAAGAUGUAUCAUUUAAUUUAUAGGGUGGCCUGUUACCUGCCACUGGUUGGUCAUGAAGUUAUCUGUACCUGUAAAAGGUAUUGUAUUUGUUGCAGAAUGGAAGUUUUAAGGUUUAUUCUUCCAUGAUGAAUUAGUCCACAAUUUCACUUCAAAAAUCAGUGGAGGCUAUGAUAUGGUUGUCAAGAGUUCACUCUAAUGUUGCCAAAGGUUGCUUAAGAUUGUGCCAUUCACAAGUAAUGAAGUUUACUCCGUGCCUGUUUUAGAGGCUUAGAUGAACUAGUAAUUUGAUUAGUCAAAUUGAAACAUUCAAACAACCCAAAGAUGUGUAGGGCCUGAUACUGCACAUGUAUUUUUAACAUGAGGUACAAAGAGGAACAAUGUUAGUAUUUGUAUGUAGAUGUAUGUACUUAUUUUGUACAGGUCUUGGACAUAAACUUUAUAAGAAAAAUUUUGUACAUUUAUGAAAAGACACAAAAACAGGAUAUAUUAUAUAUAUGUAUGGGAGAAUAACUGUUGGCUCGAGCCUGGUCUGCAAAUCUUCAUUUUCAUGCUUCCAGGGUGUUAUUUUUCUUUUCUUUUUUCUUUUAUUUUCUCUUAUUUUGCUAGUCUCCAUUCUUGAUCAGCCAGAAGAAACUAAUAAAAUAUUAACACAUUUUA